UCGGAGACGAUCGCUGCCAGUGUUGAGAAGAAUACAGAAUCAAAUCAAAAUGAGCAAGUCCGAGUGGGAAAACAAUGAGGAAAUUAAAAUCUUCCGUGAAUAUCUGCGGAUGCCAACGAUGCAUCCAAAUGUAGAUUACACCGCAUGCGUGGAAUUCUUGAAACGUCAGGCAGCCAGCCUCGAACUGCCCGUAGAUGUUCUGUAUCCUGCGAACGAAUCCAAUCCCGUCGUGGUAAUGAAAUGGCUGGGAAAGCAGCCAGAGCUGCCAUCCAUUAUUCUGAACUCUCAUACGGAUGUUGUGCCCGUCUUCCCGGAUAAAUGGACUCAUGAACCCUUCAGUGCCGAUAUGGAUGACGAAGGUCGAAUUUUCGCAAGAGGCUCGCAGGACAUGAAGUGCGUUGGAACUCAAUACCUUGGAGCCGUUCGCGCCCUUAAGGCCAGUGGCUUCCAGCCAAAGCGUACUAUUUACCUUACCUAUGUGCCGGACGAAGAAGUUGGAGGUGUUCUUGGCAUGCGCGAGUUGGUCAAGGGUGAUUACUUCAAGAAACUGAAUGUUGGAUUCAGCUUUGACGAAGGCAUUGCCAGUGAGAAUGAAACCUACUCCGUUUACUAUGCUGAGCGGACUCUAUGGCAUCUAAAAUUCAAGAUCACGGGCACUGCUGGUCACGGUUCCCUGUUGUUACCAAAAACUGCAGGCGAAAAGCUGCACUACAUUGUCAAUAAGAUGAUGGAGUUCCGUGCGUCACAGGUGAAACGACUAGCUGAGGACUCAACCAUUGACAUUGGAGAUGUAACUACCGUUAAUCUCACAAAACUGAGUGGAGGUGUGCAGAGCAAUGUGGUACCACCCUUGCUUGAGGUGGUCUUUGAUAUUCGAGUUGCCAUAACUGUGGAUGUGGUCGCCUUCGAGAAGCAAAUUCGCGAUUGGUGCGAAGAGGCUGGAGGCGGAAUUGAACUCGACUUUGAGAUGCAAAACCCCUUUGUUGAGCCGACUAAGAUGGACUCGUCGAAUCUCUAUUGGGUGGCAUUUAAAAAUGCCUUAGACGAACUAGGUCUUAAGACUCGUUUCCGUGUGUUCCCGGGCGCAACAGACAGUCGCUAUAUUCGACAUGAGGGAAUCCCUGCCUUGGGAUUUUCGCCAAUCAACAAUACCCCAUUACUGCUGCAUGAUCACGACGAAUAUCUGCGUUCGGAUACCUAUCUGCACGGCAUUGGGGUCUACAAGAAACUCAUCGCUGCUGUUGCCAAUGUCUAAACGGAGAAAGAUUACGGACGACUAUUGCUGACUGCAUUUUCCAUUCCAUUUGACUGCGCACAUUAAAAAAGACUGUCUUUGAAUAUAGUUUCAACGCACGAAUUUAAACUGAA